UUGCGAACUUAAAAGCCACAAUUCUCGUCAAAAUUUUUAUUUUUGGGCGAAAAUUGUGCUUUAAUUUGUUUUUGCCAUGAGACUCGGAGCUCGUUUACUGCAACGCUUCUCGCGUUUAUCCACACAAUACUCCAAUUUACCCGACGAAUAUGUCGAAAGGGCUAUGGAGCAAGUUUAUUACCGCACACCGAAGGAUCCUCGCUACACACAAGCCGUAAUCAAGCGAAAAAAGUUCCGUUUCACCACAGAACGUCCCUGGACAGCGCAAUUUCAGCAAGCCAAUCUCGCCGGAUCGCUCCGCAAGAAGGUUUUCGUCGAGCCAAUUGCCGAAUGGAACAUUUUCCGUGGCGAUCGUGUCGAAGUGCUCGUGGGACGUGACAAAGGCAAGCAGGGAAUUGUCUCGCAAAUCAUCGCGGAACGAAAUUGGGUCAUUGUCGAGGGCUUAAACACGCAUUUUAAGCGCGUCGGGAAGAAAGGUGACUUUCCGGGCGUCAUAAUUCGUCAAGAGGCGCCUUUGUUGGUGACAAAUCAAGUAAAACUCGUGGAUCCGAGCGAUUUAGCGGCAACUGAAAUUGAAUGGCGUUACACGGAGGAAGGAGAAAAGGUUCGUGUCUCGACGAGAACUGGCAGAGUCAUCCCAAUUCCUGAAGCGAGCAAGGAAACGAUAGAUUACAAGGACAAAAGGCUUUACAAGGAACGCGAAAAAGACACGAAAGCCGAUGUCGUGACAAAAGUUACGUUCGAACCGCGCCUCGAAACGUUCGAGAUGUCAAUUAUGCGCGAAAAUGGCAUCGAAGAGGAACGUGUGCCUGCCAAAACUUAUUGGUACUAACACCCGUAGAUCGUAGAAAUUAAAUUUAGUCGACGUUAAAAAGCAUUUUUUGCGACUUUUAUUA